AUGUCUCGUGCUCUUCUCAUCACUGGCGCUACUGGCAAGCAAGGCAGCUCUGUCAUCAAUGCCCUUCUCGCAAAGAAAACAGACUUCCUUCUUCUUGCCGCCACUCGCAAUAAGGAGUCACCAACAGCAAAGAAGCUAGCCUCCAAGUCUUCCAACAUCAAGCUGAUUCAGGGUGACCUCGACUCAAUCCCCGCUCUCUUCAAGGCCGCUAAGCAAGCUGCUGGAACUGUGCCUCUUUGGGGCGUCUACUCAGUCCAACUCUCCAUGGGGAAGGAUGUUACCCUCGAGGGCGAGGUCCGGCAAGGAAAGGGUCUCAUUGACGAAUCGAUCAAGGCUGGCAUCAAGCACUUUGUUUACUCAAGCGUUGACCGGGGUGGUGAUGAGAAGUCUUGGAAGGACGCCACUGUUGUCCCCCACUUCAAGACCAAGCAUGAGAUCGAGCAUUAUCUCCGAGAUUCGACCGCCGACGGGAAGAGCCCAAUGAACUGGACCAUCUUGCGCCCAACAGCAUUCAUGGAGAACCUAGAACCCGGUUUCGCCACAAAAGUCUUCCUCACCAUGAUUCGCGACACUCUCAAGGACAAGCCUCUCCAGUGGACGGCAACAGAAGACAUCGGCUUCUUCGCUGCUGAAGCUUUCACAGACCCACAAACCUGGGGCAAGCAAGCUAUCAGUUUGGCUGGCGAUGAACUCACAUUCGCACAGCUCAACGAAGCUUUUGAGCACGCCAUUGGUGGACCUGCUGGCACGACAUUUGGUUUGCUCGGAAAGGCUUUAAAGUAUGGUGUUGCCGAGCUCGGCACCAUGGUUAAUUGGUUCAGAGAUGAAGGUUAUGGUGCUGAUUUGGCCAAGGUUCGACAGCUAAACCCCGCGGCGAAGACGAUGGAACAACCUGGCACGUCUAGCUCACCCCAUUCAUGGCAGCCCCGCCUGAAUAGCCAAAGCAAGAUGGCUACUCCCGUAGGAACAGACACGGAAGAUGCAGUCUCAUCCAGUUCUCAUCAAGAGGACAAUAUUCUCAAUCCGGCAAUGCUAGGCACCUCCAGCUUCCCACAAUUUAGCAAGCUUCCUCCCGAGCUUCAGCGCUUCGUCAUGAGUAAGCUCUUUAUUAUCAACCGCGAAUCUCGUAGCGUCGCCAAGAGGUUCUACCGCGUUCACAUUCCCUGCAGAUAUGUCCAUAUGACCUCCCGCCGCGAGGGAAUCCUCUACUUCAACCCGGAGCUCGACAUCAUACAUAUUUUUGAAUGGUGGUAUUUCCCAGAACUCGCGCAUGAUGUCUGGAAACUUGAUCCACUUCACGUUGGCAUUGUCAACUUGGCUCAGCAGACCUAUAACGGCGACGAGGACGACGAGGACGACGACAUAGACGAUGACAGCUGGUACACGGACCCCGCGCCCAGUGACCUGUCUGAACUUCAGGGGGCAAUCAAGCGGUUGAAGAGAGUCAUCUUCGUAUUUCGUGGCGUGAGUGAUCCUGGAACGCGCAAUAGCAGAGACACGGGUGACAGAGAGGGCCUUGCGUGGUAUAUCAACCCUUCCGUCCCUGUCAAGACACAUGUACCUAUAUUUCAGACUAUGGCCCAGGAUCCCAGGGCUAUGGGCGAAUUCCUUGACGGUAUGAAUCCCGUCGAGUUGGUAAAGCUACGGGACGUUGUUGAGGAUUGGUUCGAACAUCUUGAAAGAUGGGACCUGGAGAUUAAUCCUGAAGUCCUUUACCAGUUCAUGGUGAGCUAUUCUGAGGGUGAUCCAGUCAUCAUUGAUAGAGAGGAUGCAGUUGCAUGGCUGGAGGCUGAAAUGGAGGCAAAGGCAUCGGAGCUAAGUCGAUCUUCCAAAGGACGCAAGAACGUUGGUGUGGCCGCCAAGAAAAUACUCGAACAAAAUGCGACGCCGGCAUUUGGAUUCUGGCUAUCCCCCUUGGAAGCACUACAUAUAUUGAACGAUAUAGACAAUGCAGAAGAGCAGAUCCGGGAUUUCACGCUGGUACUGCGGAAACAGUUCAACAGGUAUACUCCCCAGCUAUGUUUGUCUCAUCUUCCGGACUACAAUCCUAAGUACCUAUCUACCUAUGAGUACUGA